AGUGUGGCGUGCGCUGGUGUCUUCUUAUGGCACCCAGUGUUGGGUAUCUGUUGCAGUAAGCAUUACAUUGCGAGAGCUAUUGCUCUUGUGCUGUGCCCCGUUUUAGCGUGUCUUUGGUGCCUAAGCUUAAUGAGCCAUGAUUGUCUUUCGAUGAGUGGAUGCGAUAGGCAACGGUGUUCGUAAGCUAACUGCCUUCAUCAGCCAAGGCAAAACAAGAUGCCUAUCCCAAGUACAGACAACAAAAUGGAGCCGGAUGUGACGAUCGUAGUUCAGGGUCAACCUUUCCGUCUUCCUAAGAAAUCGUUGAUGGAACGAAGCGACUACUUCCGGGGCAUGUUUGAGUCAGGGAUGAAGGAAUCUGGUCAGGAUGUCAUUGAAGUCAGAGGAAUGUCGUCUGCAACCUUCGGCAUCUUGGCAGGGUUUAUCACAUCGUCCUACCUGGCUGUUGAUGGCAGUAGUCUAGGAGAUGUUAUUGAAGGUAUUGCCUUCCUCCAGCUGCAAGACGCUAUACCUGCCUGUAUCGACUAUCUCCAAAACUACCUCUCCUCCUAUAAUUGCCUGGAAGUUAUCACCAUUGCCGAGAAGCACGCGUUUGAACAAAUCGUGGACGCAGUGUACGACUUUAUGGGAAGGGAUUACCUUUCUUUUUCGAGAACGGAAACGUUUCAAGCACUUAAAGAAAGAGAGAAAGAACGGUUUCGACUCGUACGAUCCAGAGGUCGUCAGUAUCUUGCUGUGACCAGGAAGGAAGGCUGCAUCCCAGGGUCGGGAAGGAAUGUCAGGGAUCUGUUCUAUUACGAGGAGGAAGAUGAGAAAUGGAAGUCAUUUACACAGUUGCCUGACGACUGUUCGAAGUUCACCAUCAACUGCAGCACAGCAGUUGUGGAGAACUAUCUUUACAUCAUCGGCGUGCUGAAACACAGGAUCCGUAGCCACCAGCGGCCGAAGAGUCGCGAGGGACCUGGAUGUGUGUCAAGAUUCUACUACGAGCCUAUAAAUUACCAGUAUAAUCCGUUAUUGGAGAAGUGGGAGAAACUCGCUCCAUUUGCCUGUAGGAGGAAACAUUUCUCCUUGGUUGCUCUUCACGGAGGCCUGUUCGCUAUCGGCGGGAUCACUGCAGAGUCGACUCUAGCUGAUGGCAAGUUCUGCGAGUCAGUCGAACGGUUCGACGUCUUCACGGAGAGGUGGUCCCACUGUCCCCCCGUCCCGGUGCAACGCUACGAAGUCCGCGUGUCUCCCUCGCGCGACAACCCUCCAGCAACAUCCGCAAACGGCAGGAUCUUCAUUCUCUUGACCUGCCAUGGCGGGCUUUUCCUCAAGCAGUACUGCCCGGAAGAGAACACAUGGACCGAGGUGUCCCCGGGUCCCCUACCGGGUAGAGUGCCGUGUAUCUACCGCAUGUUCUCACACGGUGACGACGUCUUCAUCCUCGGAGGCAAUCCUACCAUCGACCGCAGCAUCAUCGUCAGGUAUGACCCGACAGACAGGCAGUGGACGCCUCUGCAGCGGCCACCUCCUCUCAGAGUGGAGUACUUUAACGCAUUUGGAGUCAUUCUUGAUGGAAAACUGUACACUGGUAGUGGUGAGACGAGGCAGAUGGACCGAUAUGACUUGGAGGAGCAGCAAUGGGAGGGGACUAGUCCAGUUGCGAUGCCUGCACUUGGUCCACUGGAGGCCUUUACUAUCUAUCUGUAAGCGUAUCGGAAACAAUAAAUGUCCUAACUAUACACACGAUCUAUGAUAGUUGAGUAGAGUGGUAAUUA